ACAACAACAGCAGAGUUGGGCUUGAGGUGCGAGGGGACGGUGUGAGGGGAGGAACUUUUAUCCUUUUAGUCUAAAAUUCCAAAAGAAGGAGAUAAUGGUAGUAAUGGACCAAGGCGAGAGAAGGCGGAGCUCUUGUGGUAGAGGGGUAUUGAAGUUUAAAUCCUGGAAGCCUUUGCCUAGGCCAGGGAAAAGAUUUUGCGAAAGCGGUGGUCAGCAAGUUAAUAAAGACAAAAAAGAAGCACAACUACCACAAAAUAAUGCUCAGAAGACUCCCAAUGUACAAGCUAAACAAGGCCUGAAAAUAGUACUAGCAAAGUAUAGCUACAAAGCAAACCCAGAAUGCCCAGGAGGAUUUGAGGAGCUAUCAAUGAGUCAAGGAGAAAAAUUCUAUUUCUACUCUUUACAUCCAAGUAACCCUCACUGGGCAAAAGCUGAAAAUAUGGAAGGAAGAGUUGGCUUUGUACCUACUAGUUAUAUUAUGGAAUUACAGUCAAAGCCAUCACAACUUCCUUGGUUUGAGAAUAAACGACUUGAGAUAGAAGCUGAAGAGGAAAAACAGAAGAACCAACCUGGGCUCUUUGGUGUUCCAAAUAAUAAAUCUAUGCCACCAAAAAAAUAUGUUUCAGCUUAUGAUGCUCAAUCAAGUGUAGAGGCAUCUGACUUCAGCUGCGACCUCUGUGGCAAAGUUUUUAAUGGUCCAAAGCCAUAUCGUCUACACAUGUCCAGCAAGGCCCACAAAGAAGAAGUUGAAGCUCAGAAUAGCAGGUAGCAAGAAAGAAUGAAAAUGCCUCAGACAGAGGUUAAGAACAAUGUGCAGACUGUAUAUAUAUAUAUCCAUUUUCUGACGUUUAAUCACCAAGUUCUUCAACUGGAAAGAAAAUCCUCAAUAUGUCUUGGUGUCAUUUCGAAAAAACUGAACACUCCAAGAACAGGCUGAAUGCCUUAAAAACACCCCAAGAACACCCUAACUAAGAACAAGCUAUUAAGUGACUGAACACCCUUUAAAACAAAUCAAAAUUGGCAUAUCAUUCGAAAAAAAUUCGGUCAAUCACUCAAAAUUAAUUUUGGGGCAGGAAAGGACGUUUAAUGCUGUUAAAGUCUAAUGCUGUUGGUGUUGUUACAACCAACUGAUGUUUGGCGUGCCAAAAAUGUGCACAGGCAUUUAUACAGGCAGAGCAAAUUCGAGUUUGACUCCAUUUGUGCAUUCAAGCAAUUUCCUGUUAUUUUGAAAAUCUUUCACAUUCAGUGACAAUAAAUGUUGUUUAAAUUGUUAAAAUUAAACAGAGCUAUGCCCCUAGUAAAAAUACGACAUGUCACUUGACUACCUAUUGUCCUCCAAACAAAUGUUCUUCCCAUGUGCUAAUUUGCCCAAAAGGUCACAACAUAGAAUAGAAAUAGGCUGAUUAUUUAUUUUCCAGAAAAAGUACAGUUAGCAGCUUAUGUUCCCCAUGACUGCUUGUGGCUGAUUUUUAAUUGGCUUACACAAUAAUGACUUUAUGAUGCAUGCAAAACUGAAAAUCCUGAUCCCCUGUUUUAAAGCAACCAUAGUUUGUAUUAUUUAAUUGUUUUAAAGUGCAUGACCUAAUUUGGUUUUACUUGGUUUUGUAUGAAGCAGUUUCUUGUUGCCUAUUACUUUGUUUUGUU